AUGGCUAAUAGGGGGGAUGUGGAGGAAGAAGAGCGGUUGCUGGAAGGGAAGUCGACCGAUGAGAAGAAUUCCGGUGUCACCACACGCGUACUAGAGGAUAAAGUUACGUGGAGAAAUCUACCCCACAAGAAGCAACUCCUGUUACUCGCACUCUGCCGCCUCUCGACGCCGCUAUCCAAUGCCUGCCUCCUCCCGUACCUAUACUACUUGGUCAAGUCUAUUCUUGAUGACCCGGAUCAUCCGUCAGCGCCCCAGAAGAUCUCUCGCAUGACUGGUCUUCUGGUAGCUGCAUAUCCUAUCGGCCAGAUGAUGACGAGCAUGCUCUGGGGUCGGCUUUCGGAUACAUACGGCCGCAAGCCAGCGAUUCUACUGGGUCUAACUAUUAGUGUCACUGCCAAUCUCGCUUUCGGCUUUUCGAGAUCAAUUGGCAUGCUGCUGUUCUGGAGGGUACUGGCAGGCAUGGCGAAUGGCAUACUGGGCGUGAUGAGGACGAUGACGGCGGAGAUCGUGAAGGACCGGACAUACCAGACACGGGCAUUCCUGGCUCUGCCACUCAUAUUUAACUCGGGAAGGGUAGCAGCGCUGGCAAUUGGGGGUUGCUUGGCAGAUCCCGUGGACAACCUCCCCUGGCUUUUCGGUCCUACAGGCCUAUUCAACUUUGCACGAAAUCCAGAUGGCGUAGCCUGGACCAUCAAGUACCCUUAUGCUUUACCAGCGCUCUUCAACGGCACCGUCCUAGCCCUUUGCCUCAUAUUCGCUACUCUGUGGCUGAAGGAAAGCCUGCCCACGAAGGAGCAGGAUUGGGAUUUGGGGCUUGCCAUUCGCCAGUCCAUCUCCGGCUUCAUUAAACGCAAAAUUCUCCGGAAGGCCGACUCCGGAUAUACCGCAGUACAGAUUGAAGAGGCUGAGGUGAUAAUGGCAGACGUCCCAAUCGCCGAGGCCACCUCUACAGGAUCAUUGACCCCAACCCACUCCACCACGAAGCCAUAUCGUCCUCCUUUCCGGGAGAUCUGGACCCGCCCUCUUCUCAAGGCCCUGCUCGCGUUCGCCCUCCUUCCACUCCACAACGCAACCUUUCUCCACGUCUUUCCGGUCUUUCUGAGCAUGCCGACGGCGCCGAACAUUCACCCCACCGUCUUCCGUUUCACUGGCGGCCUUGGUCUGGCCUCACCAACAGUCGGUCUUUACCUCGCAACAUUUGGCAUCUGCGGGAUCCUUCUUCAACUGUUCAUCUAUCCCCGCAUCCAGAAGCGCGUCGGCACUCUCGGUGUCUUCCGUCUAGCAAAUGCAAUCUUCCCACUCGCUUACAUUUUCGCUCCGUAUUUAUCGCUACUAGCCGGCAACGCAACGGCGAAGUGGCCAGCCAUGGCUGGCGUGCUCUUCUCUCAGGUCAUAGCGAGAACCAUGGCUAUCCCCAGCAGUGUGAUACUCCUUACUGAAGCCGCCCCGCGACGAAGCGUGCUCGGCACCGUGCACGGCGCUGGCAAUACUCUUAGUGCUCUCGCAAGCGCUACUGGCCCCGUUAUCGGAGGCAUGCUCUUGGCACGCGGCAUCGACGGCGGUGCUGUGGGUGUCGUAUGGUGGUGCUGGCUGCUGUUGGUUGCACUUGCGGCGUUGGGAUGGAGCCUCAUGCUCGAUAAGAGCGAGGAUGGCGACGAAGAGAAGGAAAUGGCGCCGUUGGAGAAGGGUGUAUAA